GAAACAAGAUUCUGAUGGUGGUGAUAUGAAUCUAGCAACUGUGGGUGGGUGGAGGUUGCCGAUCGUGUGUAAUGAAACAAGAUUCUGACGGUGGUGGCAGGAAUCUAGCAAUUGUAGGUUAAAGAUGAGAAAAAAAUAGUUCUUACAAAGCCAUUGAUGUUUGAAGGAGAAUCAAACGGUGAUUACAAAGCUCCAAAUAUUCUACAACGCAUUUUAAGUCUUUUUAAGAAUAUACGACCAGGAGCCGAUCUCACGCGCUUCCAGCUGCCAGCAACCUUCAACGUUCCCAAAUCACACCUUCAAUGUUAUGGCGAGUCAGUGUACUGCAUUAAUAAAGAUCUGUUGACCAUUUGCAACCAAUGUGAGAGCCCACUGGAGAGAUUCACAUCCGUCGUCGCUUGGAGCAUUUCCACCGCACGGCCUACCAUUUUUGGCUCUGCUCCUUUCAAUUCCGUUCUUGGAGAGACUCACCAUGUUUCUAGUGGCAACCUCAAUGUUCUAUUAGAACAGCGGGUUACACAGGUAUCACAUCAUCCACCAGUAUCUGCGCUCCAUGCAACCAAUGAGAAGGAAAAUAUUGAACUUAUUUGGUGUCAACAUCCUGUUGCCAAAUUCUAUGGUACUUCAGUGGAAGCCGAGGUUCAUGGCAAAAGGCAAUUAAAGCUACAUAAAUACAAAGAAACUUACGAAAUGAACUCACCAAAACUCUUGAUUAGAUUUCUUCCAGUGCCUGGAACUGAAUGGGUUGGCAACGUUAGAAUCAAAUGCCAUGAAAAUGGCCUAGAAGCCGAGUUAUGUUUCAGAGGCGGUUCUUUACUGGGGCGUAGAGGAAGAGCUAUUAAAGGAAAAAUCUUUGAAUCGUUAUCAAUGCAGACUCUGUAUGAGAUCGAUGGCCACUGGGACAGGGCUGUCUCAGUGAAAGAUAUGCAGAAAGGGAAACGUAGAGUAAUCUUCGAUGCAAAAGAAAUUCUUUAUGGGCUCAAAACUCCUAUUGUUAAGGAUUCUCAAGCAGUGUGGCCAAGCGAAUCAGCGGCGGUAUGGGCUGAGGUGAGCCAAGGCAUAUUGAAUCAAGAGUGGGAGAAAGCUAGAGAUGCAAAGAAAAGUGUUGAGGAGGAGCAAAGGAAGCUGUUGAGAGAAAGAGAGUCAGCAGGAGAAACUUGGGUUCCCAAGCAUUUUAAUCUGACGCAAAGCAAAGAAAGAGGUUGGGACUGCUCACCUAUUCAGGAAAGAGUACCACCAGCUCCAAUUGUUGUCCCUCUUUGAAUUUGAUAUAGAAUUUUAAUGUAAUUAUUUGUUUCUUAGA